AUGGCGGCAGGACGUGAUAAGCACAGUCGACAGAGCCUGGGGGCUUCCCUCCAGGCGCACGUCAAGCAGUCACGUGUGUUGAUGGUUGGCGCUGGUGGCAUCGGCUGCGAGCUGCUCAAGAAUCUCGUCCUCACUGGCUUCGGCGAGAUCCACAUCGUCGACCUCGAUACCAUUGAUUUGAGCAACCUCAAUCGCCAAUUCCUGUUCCGCAACGAGCAUAUUAAGAAAUCGAAGGCAUUAGUUGCGAAGGAGUCGGCCGGUAGAUUCAACCCUAAUGUCAAGAUCGAAGCGCACCACGACAACAUCAAGGAUCCGAAGUUCAAUGUCGCAUGGUUUAAAGGCUUCAGUAUUGUCUUUAAUGCGCUGGAUAAUUUAGAUGCGCGGAGACAUGUGAAUAGGAUGUGUUUGGCAGCCGAUGUGCCUUUAGUCGAGAGCGGUACCACAGGGUUCAAUGGACAGGUUCAGGUUAUACGGAAGGGGAAAACCGAAUGCUACGACUGCGUCACCAAAGAUCCGCCGAAAAGCUUCCCCGUCUGCACCAUCCGCAGCACACCCAGCCAGCCCAUCCACUGCAUUGUCUGGGCUAAGAGCUACCUCUUCACUGAAAUCUUCGGCACAAGCGAAGACGACGCCCCAGAACUUGACCACAGCACUGACUCGGAAAACGCGAGGGAGAUCGAGAAUCUGCGGCGCGAGUCGCAAGCUCUGAAGCGCAUCCGCGAAUCUAUGGGAUCUGAGGACUUCCCGCGCCUGGUCUUUAGCAAGGUCUUCAAGGAGGAUAUCGACCGAUUACGGAGUAUGGAAGAUAUGUGGAAGAGUCGGAGACCGCCGGAGCCUUUAGACUAUGAUAAGAUAGCACAGGAAGCGCUGGGCGUCGGGUCGGGGAUUGCACACAAAGAUCAGGCUGUCUGGACGGCUGCGGAGAACUUCACUGUCUUCGUGGACAGUCUGCGACGGCUCAGCAACCGUCUUGAGGAAUCGCGGGUGAACGCGAAUACCCGCAGUUCGGCAGCAAUUCUCAGUUUCGAUAAGGACGACGUUGACACCCUCGAUUUCGUUGCAGCGAGCGCAAACUUGCGAUCUCAUGUUUUCGGAAUCGAGAUGAGGUCGAAAUUUGACAUCAAACAAAUGGCCGGAAACAUCAUCCCCGCAAUCGCCACCACAAACGCCAUGACAGCCGGUCUUUGUGUGCUCCAAGCCUUCAAAGUCAUGCGCAACGAGCUCGACAAAGCGAAGAUGGUUUUCCUCACCCGGUCUACAGAGCGCGUGAUUUCCAGCGAACCCCUGCGGCCACCCAAUCCCACCUGUCCGGUCUGCAGCGUCGCUCAAUCUACACUCGAAGUCGACACUUCAAGAGCCACUCUGAACGACCUGGUUGAGCAUCUCCUUAAACUGCAGCUGGGCUACGGUGGGGAAUUCAGUAUCAACAGCGAAGCAGGGAUCCUGUACGACCCAGAAGAAGACCAGAAUCUCCCAAAAACGUUCAGCGAGCUUGGCUUGAAAUCAGACAGCUUCAUCACUAUCAUUGAUGAGGAGGAUGAGAAUCCCAAGGUCAAUGUCGUCUUAUCCAUCUCCGAGCAGCCACUAGAAAAGAAUGCGAAACCUCUUCGUCUAGCUGGAGAACUCAGGAUUGCAAGUAAGCCGAAAGUUGCCCCUCCAGUCACUGUCAACGGUCACACCCACCCAAUCGUCAAUGGAAACAGCGCCAACGGCGUCGUCGGCAAACGUAAGCGUGACGCAGACGAAGCCGAGCUCGAGAUCGACCUCGUUAAAAAGCGUGGGAAAGUCAUCGCAGUUGCCGCCGAGGAUGACAUCAUCAUUGUGGAGGAUAGCAACGACGGCGCUAUCGUCAUCGACGAUGACUGA